CAGAACAAUUACAUUUCAUUUCGAGUUUGUUGAUAAACAACAGAAGAUGGAGGAGGAUUUUGAAUCCUGAGAAAUUUUUAGUUUCGGAUUUUGGAAGUUUCUCUUAUAGUAAGCUGGAGUGCUCUGAUUCCUAAGAUAAAAAACUAUGCAAUAAAUUAUAAUUCAAGAGCCAUGACUUCCAUCAAGGAAUUCGAAUUUAAAUACGGCAGUGGGGAGAAGGAGCGAUCCGUAAUGUUGCAAGUACCCAUUCCAUUAUCUGUUGGCAUUCCAGAGUUAGGAUCUCGUCUUUUGUCACAAAAUAAAAUUCCUUUUUUUGUUAAAGAGGAUUUGUAUAAGAAUUUAGAAACUUUCACACAACAAGAAACUACCAAGUAUUAUGAUGAGCUAGAUUCCCAAGCUAUUCAAAAGUUAAAAAAUGCUAAAGAAGAAGAAAUAGAUGAAUUGGUGCAAAGGUGGACCAAAGCUUUUAAAGAAGAGCACAUAAAGUUUGCAAAAGUUGAAGACCCAUCAGAAAAUAUUACUUUUCCUGAGAUGUAUCAUAAAUUGAUUCAUUCCCCAGCGCUGGAAACAUUGUUAAAUUUAGAACAUUCCUAUGCCUUGGCUGUUGGAGAAUUGGUCCAGCAAAGAGAUCAAGCUUUGCAAGAUAUGCAGCAGAGGCAAUCAGAUGAAAUGGAGAGAGCAAUUCCUAAAGUUGGGAGAUCAUUGACAGAUCAGGAUAUAAACAAUAUGGCUACUAGACAUUUUACUGAAACACAAAGCAUUACAGAUUUUUGGGAAAACAAAAUCAAUAGUUUAAAAGAAACUCAAAAAAGAGAAUUCUGCGAGUGGGUGUCAAAAGUUCAUGAAGAUUACCAAAGUGGUACAGGCUCCCCUGGUUACUUACAGAGAGUUCGAGCUCUGUCAGAAGCUGUGCCUAUGGAUAACGACUGUGAUUGGACUCCUCAACCUCAGAGAAUGGAAGAAAGUUUUACAAUUCAUUUGGGUUCCCAACUUAAAUUGAUGCAUAAUCUUCGGCUACUUUCUGCUGAUGUUCUUGAUUUAUGCAGGCAUAAAUUAAAUAAAGUUGGGGGUAUAGUUGUACCACAACCUCAGCGUCUUCAGACAGCCAUAUCAUUAUAUUCCAACAAUUUGAGUGGUUUGGUCUUGCUUGUUGAUAAUAGAAUCAAUGCUUAUACAGGAAUUAAACGAGAGUUUGCAUCUGUGUGUCAGAUGUCAACAGAAUUCCAUUUUGAAGACAUAGAUACAGCACUGGAGAUAAUCCGCCAACAAGGAAUGAGAGUUGCAGAAUGGCGUGCCACCAAUGCCUUCCAAGGAGACAGCAGUAGCCAGAGCAGCAGUGGUAAAUCUAGUGGAUCACCAUCUGACUCUCAGGGAUCUCAUUCUCAUACUAAAAAAAGCCUUGUCACUCUCAAAACUGGAGACUUUUACAUCACUAGACAUUCCAAUCUGUCUGAAGUUCACCUUGUGUUUCAUCUAGUGGUAGAUGAUACGUUACGUUCAGCAGAUGUUAAUUCACGUCAUCCAGUUAUAUUGGGACUUCGAAACAUUCUGAGGGUUGCACAUGAGCAUGAUGUGUGCACAGUCACUAUACCUCUCCUUCUAGUCCAUGAAAUGUCUGAAGAGAUGACAAUUCAGUGGUGCCUAAAAAGAGCAGAACUAAUGUUCAAGUGCAUAAAAGGUUUCAUGAUUGAAAUGGCUUCUCUGGUUGGUGAUGAGACAAGAACUGUACAAUUUUUAGUGCCAAAAGGUAUAUCUGAAGAAUUAUUUUCAAGCUUGUCUAAUUUGCUAUCAGCGACAUUUAGAGUGUCUAAUCCAGUUAUACUAAAAUAAAAACUAAUGGAAAAUAUCAAAAAAAAAAAAAAAUCAUUCCUUUUAAUACUUGUGUGAAAGGAAAUAUUUAUUCAUUUACAAAGUGAAACAUUAUACAAAUAAUCAGGCAGAAAAUUAUAAAAUGAUGGGAACAUUUAACCCCAAGCAGGACUAGUGGAAUAAUAUAACACCAGUUUCCCAUUGAUAUUGAAGCACUGAAAGAAAAAAAUAUCAAUUAUUUAUUGUUAUUUCAAUUAAAAAAACAAUUUGAUAUAAAUUUGUAUAUAUUUCUUAGCUGCAAUAAACUUUUUGUAAGCAAAAA